AUGAAGGCCGCCUUCUUCCCGCUCGUCCUCUCCGUAUACGCGUCCAUCGGAGGCGUCCUUGCCAGCCCUUCCCCCCUUCCGCUGGGCGUCGAGGUCGUCGAACGAGACGACAGGACCUUGGUCCGCGAAGUUCCGCACGAGCAUCUCCAGGUGGAAAAGCGGUGCAAGGCCUGCAAGGACGACGGCGAGAAGUGCGCCAUGGGCGAGGGGAACUGCAAGGACGGCUACUGCACCUGGUGCGGCGACCACUGCGGCUCGAUCUGCGUCCCUGCCGGGUCGGACUGCAAGACGAUGUGCCACUAA